GGAGGGGGCAGCCCCGUCUGAGCGGGUCCCGUGCCCGUGGGACGCAGGGACACGGAGAGUUGGCGCCGCUCCAGCUCCGGCCCCGGGCGCUGCGCUGAGGCGGAGCCACAGGGCGUGGGAACGGGCAGCAGAAUGCCGCCGGCCGGGACGGGCGCCGCCGACAUCCCCGAGAGAGUGGCGCUGAAGAAGGAGAUCGGCCUCACCAGCGCCUGUGCCAUCAUCGUGGGGAACAUCAUUGGAUCAGGGAUCUUCAUCUCACCGAAGGGGGUUCUGGAGCAGGUGGGCAGUGUGGGUCUGGCCCUGGUUGUGUGGACACUGGCUGGUCUCGUCACUGCCAUCGGCUCCCUCUGCUACGCUGAGCUUGGAGUCACCAUCCCCAAGUCCGGCGGCGACUACGCCUACGUGAAGGAGGUGUUCGGGGGCUUACCUGGGUUCCUGGUGCUGUGGAGUGCUCUGCUGGUGAUCUACCCCACCACACAGGCAGUGAUGGCCCUGACCUUCUCCAGUUACGUGCUGCAGCCUGUCUUUCCUGCGUGUGUGCCUCCUUACAUUGCCUCGAGACUCCUGGCCGCGCUGUGCCUCCUGCUGCUGACCUGGGUGAACUGUAUCAGUGUGCGGUGGGUGACCCGGGUCCAGGACCUGUUCACCGUGGGGAAGCUCCUUGCUCUUGGACUCAUCAUCGCGGUUGGGAUCGCGCAGAUCUGCAGAGGUCACUAUGAAGCCCUGCAGCCCAGCAAUGCAUUCGCCAGUGCCAGCAGCCCCAACGUCGGCCACAUCGCUCUCGCCUUCCUCCAGGGCUCCUUCUCCUACAGCGGCUGGAACUUCCUCAACUAUGUGACGGAGGAACUGGUCGACGCCCGCAGGAACAUUCCCCGGGCCAUCAUCAUCUCCAUCCCACUCGUCACCUUUGUCUACGUCUUCGCCAAUGUUGCCUACGUCACGGCCAUGAGUCCCCAGGAGCUGCUGGACUCAGGAGCAGUGGCUGUGACGUUUGGGGAGAAGGUGCUGGGGUCCGUGCCGUGGAUCAUGCCUCUCUCUGUGGUCCUGUCAACCUUUGGAGGGAUUAAUGGCUACCUGUUCACCUCGUCCAGACUGUGCUACGCUGGAGCUCGUCAGGGCCACCUGCCAAGUCUGCUGGCGAUGAUCCACAUGAAACGGUGCACCCCCAUUCCGGCUCUCCUGUGUUCUUGUGUCACCUCACUCUUGAUGUUAAUCAUUGCUGACAUUUACACACUGAUUAACUACGUGGUGUUCAUCAACUACCUGUGCUACGGAGUCACUGUCACCGCACUGCUGGCUCUCCGCUGGAAGAAACCCAACAUCUGUAGACCAAUCAAGGUGAAUCUCCUGUUCCCAGCUGGUUACCUGGUAUUCUGGGCGUUCCUGCUGUUCUUCAGCUUCUCCUCGGAGCCCCUGGUGUGUGGGACGGCCCUGGUGAUCAUCCUGACCGGGGUCCCCGUCUACCUGCUGGGCACCCGGUGGGGCACCAAGCCAAAGUGUGUCCGCAAUGUGAUCGAAUCAGCAACGUCUUCCGGACAGAAGUUGUGUUUCGUUGUUUACCCUCAGGAGGAGAUUCCGGAGGAGAACGGACAACCUCUGACCCCAAAUCCCAACGGGAAGUAGUGGGUCCAGACCACAGCCAAUGACCAGUCACCAAACCGUGACAUCACCCAGGGCAGCAACACUUGGCCAAAAACACGAAGGAACACUCUGGUGGAGAGGCAGACGUCCCGUGUUGUCCACGUAGGGAUCGGUAGAGAAGUGUAGAGUUUAUGGACACGUCCAGCCACCAGCGAGGGCCUGGAGUAGCCACAGGUCCCAGUGUUCGGGACAGCGACCUUACCCCAGUGUCAAUAACUGUGAUUGGUGCAAACUUGGAGUCAGCUCCACACCCCCCCACCCCCCUGCAAAUACGGCCUUCCCUUCUCUCCAACCCCCCCCCCCACCAAACAUACGGCCUCCUCCAACCCAUGCCCCACCCUCCCCCAAAUACGCCCACCCCCUCCCCGUGUGCAAAGGGGACGCUUCCCUUUUCUGACUCCCUGAAGCAGACUCAUCCGGACCCUCUCCCUCCCAUGGGCCUUUCACACGCUCCCUGCACAGGAACAAACUGCCAGCCCUCCCUCCGUACACUCUCCCUCCUCCAUUACCCCCCCACUCCCCCUCCCCCAUUACCACCUCCCACUCCCCCAUUACCCCCUCCCCCCACCUCCCCACUCCCACCCCACCCCUCCCCCUCCCCACCCAUCCCACCUACUCCCCCCAUCCCACUCCUCCCCCUCCCCCCACCCCCCCUCAGGGUGGGAGUGCGGAUGACCGGGUGGGGGGGGUCUGUGGGGGGCACUGCCACUGACUGUCCAGACAGGACAAACUUCAGGAAGACCUUGUUUGACUCAAUAAAUCUCCUUGAAUCCAGCUCCUGCCUG